UUUUCAUGCCUUUUUAUCUCAUUGCCACCUUUCAUAGGGAAAGGUUUACUUCUUCUGGCAGCGACAUCGGAAUCUACUCACCCCAGGAUUUCAUUAUGAGAUUCUGAAAUCUUAUUUGGCUCCAGUGGUUGAGUUUGUCAAAGUGAUGCUGACUAAAUGGAAGACGUUGGUCUCAAAAGACAGAGAAGUAUCAGUGGAGAUAUAUGACCAUUUCAACUUGAUGACCCUUGACAGCCUUCAGUUUUCAGAGCAACUGACAGAUGGAUCUGGACAAUUCCUAUGUUAAAAUUUUCCUCCUCUCUUUUCUGAUCAACGAGAGAACACUUGUACUUCUGUACCAAAAUGAUUUCAUUUACUGGCUUAGCUCUUAAGGACGUCGGUUUCACAAAGCCUGCAGAUUAGCCCACCUCCACACAGGAUUUUGGGCCAUCCAGUACAGCAGCCAAGAAAUCCCACUCACUGGCUGUAGUAUCAUGACCUGCAAACACGAAUGUGGCCACUUCGGCACGUAGGUUCUUCAUGAGGUUGAAUCAGAAUCCAGAAUGGAGUCACCACCUUGGAAUGAUGUACAUACUCAAGGAACAAGCAAGCACAAAGGGAACAGGCAAUGAAGAAUCUAAUGAACGCCUUGUGCUUUUGGCUACUUGGGAAUCUGUCUCGGCUUUUCCAACUGAUUGGUGCUUUGGUCUUGACCUGUGUGACUCUGAAAGCCAUCCAACUAUUUCAGACAAGACAGAAACUACUCAAGGCCUUCAGGAAUUUCCCAGGACCUCCCUCUCAUUGGCUGUAUGGCCAUGUUCUCAUGAUGAAAUCUGGGGAUGAACUGAGAAAUCUUGUAAAAUGGACUGAAGAAUAUCCACAUUGUUUCCCUCUGUGGUAUGGAGGUUUCUUAGGUGCCUUGGCCAUCAACCACCCUGAAUAUGCUAAAACUGUAUACAGCAGAGGUGAUCCCAAAUGUCCAGCCUUCUAUAACUUCAUUGUUCCAUGGAUUGGAAUGGGACUGCUGACCCUAAAUGGACCAAAGUGGCAGCAACACCGGAAGCUGCUCACUCCAGGAUUCCAUUAUGAGAUUCUGAAAUCUUAUGUGACUCCAAUGGUGGAGUCAGUCAAAGUGAUGCUGGAAAAAUGGGAGAAGUUGUUAUUGGAAGACCCAGAAGUAUCAGUGGAGAUGCAUGAACAUGUCAGCUUGGUGACCCUUGACAGUAUCAUGAAGUGUGCCUUCAGUUGCCAAAGCAACUGCCAAAUGGAUAGGGAGAAUUCCUAUGUUAAAACUAUCAGUGACCUCACCUUUCUGGUUUAUCAAAGAGCGAAGACACCUCCAUACCACAGUAACCUCAUUUACUGGUUCUCUUCUCAAGGCCGCCAAUUCCGCAAGGCCUGUAGAUUAGCUCACCUCCACACAGAUCAAGUAAUUAGAGAGAGAGUAAAGGUCCUCAAGAAUGAGCAAAAGCUUGAGAGGUUUCUGAAGAAAAGGCGCUUGGAUUUUCUAGAUAUUCUUCUUUGUGCAAAGGAUGAAAAUGGAAAUCCAUUAGCUCAUGAAGAUCUACGUGCUGAGGUGGACACUUUCAUGUUUGCAGGCCAUGAUACUACAGCCAGUGGGAUUUCUUGGCUGUUUUACUGCAUGGCCCAAAAUCCUGAACACCAGCAGAGAUGCAGAGAAGAAAUAAAGGAAGUCCUGGGGGACCAAGAAACAAUUCAAUGGGAAGACUUGGGGAAGAUGACAUACACCACUAUGUGCAUUAAAGAGAGCCUUCGACUUUACCCUCCAGUACCCCUGAUAGCUCGUGUAUUGAAUUCACCUCUGAUUUUUGAUGAUGGACGAGCCCUGCCAAAAGGUUUCUUAGUUGGACUAAGUCUAUUUGGACUCCACAGAAACCCUGAAGUGUGGAACAGUCCAGAGGUGUUUGAUCCCAUGAGAUUUUCCCCAGACAAUUCAUGUUUACGCCAUCCCUAUUCUUACCUACCUUUUGCUGCUGGGCCAAGGAACUGCAUUGGACAACAGUUUGCUAUCACAGAAAUGAAAGUGGCUCUUGCAUUGACUUUGCUGCACUUUGAGCUGAAACCAGAUCCAGCAAACCCUCCAGUUCCUGUUGCUCACAUUGUCACACGCUCUGAGAAUGGAAUACAUUUGAAGCUGAAGAAACUCCUUUGACACAUGUAAUCCUGGUCUGUGAGAUGCCUAGCCACAAAGCUGGCCACUUUCCUAACUAGGACUAAAAUGUGAUACAAGACUCCAAUCUAAAGUUGUCUAUGGGCCGGUACAUACCGUCCCUUAGCGACGCCCUCAACACGUGCUAGGGU